UACGUAGGGCUCGGUUCUGACGAAGAUAGCCGAAGAUCUCCGGAGACCCCUCUACAUUUACGCUUGACACCGAUGAAUAUUCAUAGUAUUUGUUUGAUAUCCUAUUACCUGGAUGACUGAUAAUCACCAGGUGUGUGAGGUCUAUAUCAGGGUGCACUUCCCCUUUAAUCCUGAAGCGAACUGGGAUUUUCAGACGAAGAAGUGACAGUUAAGGAGGAGCGAGGAAUUUAGCGGACGUCCCCCCUGCACACUGUAGGGGGCGCUAGUAAAACCUUCUGACUGCUGUGGGGUUGGCUUUUCAUCCUCGAAGAAGUGAACCACCACCACGGUUGUGGUCAUUCGCAGUGCGAGGACUCCCGUGUCUGAAACAGAACCGGACCGACGCAGAGGAUACACAGAAGGUUUUGACAGCCGCAUGGGACAAAGCAGUUCACAGGGUGCCAGAAUGACCUCCCCCGUCCGUGUCAUCGUGGUGGGAGCCGGCUGUCGGGGGCAGAUCUACUCCGAGUUUGCAUCCAUCCAUCCUGGACGCAUGAAGGUCGUUGGAGUUGUUGACCCAAGGGAAUUUGCUCGCACCAAACUUCAACAGCAACACAAAAUUGCAGAUGAAGACACAUUUGAUGACUGGCACGUUGUAGUUGAAAGAGAGAAGUUUGCCGAUGCUGUGUUAAUCUGUACUCCAGACCGCCUUCAUAAGGAUCCUGCUGUGGCCUUUGCAAAGAAGGGCUACCAUAUUCUGUUGGAGAAACCAAUGGCAACAACUGCCGAAGACUGCACGGCGAUUGUGCAGGCUUGCACUCAGAGUGGUGUGAUGCUGUCAGUGGGUCAUGUUCUCCGGUAUGAUCCCACCAUCCACAAGAUAAAGGAGCUGAUAGAUGCUGGAGUCAUAGGUGAUGUGAUCCAUAUUCAGCACCUUGAGCCGGUUGGGUUUUAUCACUUUGCUCACUCAUUUGUUCGAGGAAGCUGGAGGAACGAAGCCGAGAGCUCUUUUGUUCUUUUGGCAAAAUCGUGCCAUGACAUCGACCUAAUACAUGACUGGGCUGGAUCACGCAGGUGUGUCAAAGUGUCAUCAUUUGGAUCUGUUAGCCACUUCCGACAAGACAGCAUGCCAACAGGCGCCGCGGAUCGCUGCAUGGAUUGUUCUGUAGAAAGAGACUGUCCAUACUCGGCACGCAAAAUCUACCUGGACAGAGUGAAACAGGGCCACACUGGCUGGCCUGUAUCAGUCAUAUGUCCGAGCUCGUUGCCAGACAUCGAGUCAGUAACCGAGGCGCUGCGGACUGGACCGUAUGGCCGCUGUGUGUACAAGUGUGACAACGAUGUCUGCAGUAACCAGGUUGUUAACAUGGAGUUUGAAGGGGGUCUGACAGCAGCGUUCUCCAUGGUAGCUUUCACUGAGGAGGUGUGCAAGCGAAAAACAACCAUCUAUGGCAGCAAGGGGGAGCUGUCGUAUGAUGGCCAUGAGGUACGCGUGUUUGACUUUCUGACCCAGAGAUCCACAAAGCACAAAGCAUGCAAUAAUACCCCCAGGUAUUUUGGCAUGGGUGGACAUGGUGGAGCAGACUACCACCUUAUGGAUGCCUUUAUUUCUGCUGUGGCGAACAAUGAUCCAUCCCUGAUCCGAUCGGGUCCUGAGGAGACGCUGCUGAGCCAUUUACUGGUGUUUGAAGCUGAGCGUUCACGACUGGAGGGCAGGGUGGUGUACUGUGGUGAAGUUAAGACAGAGCUAGAUGACUGAGAAACACCUCACCUUAGAAAUCAAACACUACGAUGGCACCUGGAUGAUUAAAGACACAAUUAGACUGAUGAAUGAAAGGCCAAAUCUUGGAUUGAAUUUAAGCUGAUUAUUUAGUUCAUAUGGCUCAGGGAUUUUAAUACUGUGUAUAUGUGUCUGUGUGACUGACUGAGUGAAUCUGCUUAGUUUUCUAAUUUUUCUAAGUACUACGACAAGAACUUGAUCAUUUGUUGUAAUAAUUUGUUUGAUUUUUUUUGAGUAAGUAAUGUUCAUGUCAAGUAUUCUCAUAAUUUCUAAUAAAAA